GUCACGGCGCGCUUUGGCCCCACUCGUCCUUAGCAGUCUCACGUGUCGCGCCUCCGCCCUACGCUCGCGAUGCUCCCUCUGCUGCGCUGCGUGCCCCGUGCCCUGGGCUUCGGCGUUGCCGGCCUCCGCUCCGCCGCGCCCUCCCAGCCGCUCCGGCAGCUACUGCAGCUGGCGCCCCGGCCGUGUUCCCGGCCCUUCGGGCUGCUCAGUGUGCACGCGGGGUCGGCUCGUGGUCCCGGCCUGUUGCGGGCUCGCGGGCCCUGCGGCUGUGGCUGCGGCGCGCUGCACACUGAAGGGGACAAAGCUUUUGCGGAAUUCCUGAGUGAUGAGAUUAAGGAAGAGAAGAAGAUCCAGAAACAUAAGUCCCUCCCCAAGAUGUCUGGAGGUUGGGAGCUGGAAGUGAAGGGGACAGAAGCUACAUUAGUGCGGAAAGUUGCUGGGGAAAAGGUCACUGUCACUUUCAACAUUAACAACAGCAUCCCACCCACAUUGGACGGGGAGGAGGAGCCCUCACAAGGGCAGAAGGCUGAAGAGCAGGAGCCUGAAUUGAUGUCAACUCCCAAUUUUGUGGUUGAAGUUACAAAGAAUGAUGGCAAGAAGGCCCUUGUGCUGGACUGUCACUAUCCAGAGGAUGAGGUUGGACAAGAAGAGGAGGACGAGAGUGACAUUUUUGCCAUAAGGGAAGUGAGCUUUCAGUCUACUGGCGAGUCUGACUGGAAAGACACUAAUUAUACACUCAACACAGAUUCUCUGGACUGGGCCUUGUAUGACCACCUAAUGGAUUUCCUUGCGGACCGAGGGGUGGACAACACUUUUGCAGAUGAGUUGGUGGAACUCAGCACAGCACUGGAGCACCAGGAAUACAUUACCUUUCUUGAAGAUCUCAAAAGUUUUGUUAAGAGCCAGUAGAGCAGAUACUGAAAACCUUCAUUUUAUGACAGGCUUUGGCCAGUGAACAAAACCUAUUCUGAAGGCCAGAAAUAAUAUGUGCUUUGAAAUGGUUAUCAUCCUAGUAUCAUGGAAAACUUUUCAAAUUUAAAUUAUUUCUAUUGCAUUCUUGUUUAUUAUUCAUUUGUUCCUUCUUUACAAAACUUUUAUUUCUAGGUUUUCAUAUAACAUAAUGAUGGAAAAUAAAAUUGGUUUCUCUCCUUCCAA